UGUGUUCCUCUCUCUGCUCUCUCCUCUGAAUGUACUUCAUUGGUUUAUUACGGACCGGACACUGCAGCCCAGGAGAGAAGCCGAGCAGAGCUGGGAUAAACGACAGAAGGGACAUUGUUAAAAUCCAAUGACUAAACAACGGAAAUGAGUGAGAGUACAUCAUUUAUUCGAAUCUUCGUGGGGGUCCUGCUCAGUGCGACAGGUGUAUUUACCUCCUGUCCCAUUGAGUUGAGCCCCCCCAGUGUUGUGGUGAGAUAUGGAGACUCGGUGUCAGUCAACUGCAGCACAUCGACGAGCCUGUUUGAUGGAAUUGGCUGGGAGGCUACACAAGGAGGCAAAAGUCUAAAGAAUGUCACCCAUAUGGCCUGGACAGUGGAGAAGCUAACAGAAUGGACCAUUUCUCCCUCAUGCUACAUCAACCCGUUCCCGGAGAAUUCCUUUCCCCAGUGCUCCAAGAACCCUAAAGUUGUACUUUACACAUUCCCAGAAAACAUCAGUCUCAGCUCCAGCAGUGGCCCACAUAUGCAGAUGUCUGAAGGGGAGAAACAUAACUUCACAUGUGACAUCCAGAAUAUAGCUCCUGUUCAAAAUCUCACCGUAAAGUGGUACAAAGGAGAUGAAAUGGUCUAUGAAGACACUUUUAAAGAUCCCAGUAAGGGACCAGUGGAUCAGUCAUCUAUAUUUAGCUUCAUACCGACCAGACAAGACAACGGAGUAACAUUCAGAUGCGAGGCACACUUGGACCUCCGACCUGAGGGUCCACAACUAAAUGCAUCUUCACAAGAGUAUAAUAUUACAGUAUUUUUUGGACCAGAGGUUCAAUGUGCUGCUGUACUGGAAGGAGAAACAUUGGAAAGAAGAUGCUCUGUAACGGGAUAUCCUAUACCGACGGUCACAUGGUUGAAAAAUGGAACAUCCAUAGAACCGACCGAGCCUUUGAGCAGGGAGAACGCAGGCAUGUACGUCGCUGUAGCUAAAGGCGCUGAAUCAACCACAACGCAACACCGGAUUGAUGUGUGGUAUAAACCAGAGUUUAAGUGUCCGAGCAAUUACACUGCACUGGAGGACGCUCCUCACAACCUCUCAUGCACUGCUGAGGGCUUUCCUAAACCUGAGGUUAUGUGGUUUAAAGAUGAAGACGAGGUGACCCUUCCAGAAAGCUUGACAAGAAGUGAUACAGGGCAGUAUGUGAUCACAGCUUCAAACAAUCUGUCAAGUAUCAACGUCACAGUGGAGAUAAAUGUCGUAUACCCACCAUCCCAGAUAGUCGAGCUUGAAGACUCAGAAGUUGAUGUUGGUUCCGAUGUGUGGUUGAAGUGCUCCUCAACGGGCAACCCACGACCAAACUAUCUCUGGGAUUAUUAUCAGACUGCCAAUGUGGUGGAGGAAAAUGAAGAUGGAGUGUCCCUUCUGCACAUCCAUAACGCUACUGUAUACAACAAGGGCUCCUACACAUGUCACGCCUGGAAUGACAGAGGAAAUGUCUCUAAAACAGCCACAGUCACGGUAAAAGGUGCCGGGCAAGAAUGCCCCAUCGAAAUAACUCCGGAGAGGAUGGUGGUACAAUACCAAGACACAGAGCAACGUGCGACAUGCGAUGCAACACCAACCGACCACCCUCAUGUGAACGAAAUCUACUGGCAGGUUCUGCCUGGUGUCAAAAUUGACAACUCGAGUUGGUCUGUUGACACCCAUAACGACUGGGACCCAAAGCCUGUUUGUACUGCAAUAUUUAAAGUACGAGGAAUAUGCCAGAAACAUUUAAACUUCACCCUCUACAAAACACCAGACAGUGUCUCAGUUUCUACUGUGGAUAACUUGAGCUCAGUGGUGGAGGACAAGGAGUUCCAGCUGCAGUGUGACAUUACCAACGUUGCUCCUGCAGGGAACCUUGUCGUGCAGUGGUACCGAGGGAAUAAAACCAUAUCAAAAGGUUCACUGCGAGUGAGUGGCUGCCUGCCUGAGAACAACACAAAUUGUGACAUCAAUGCUGUCCGGUCCCCGCUGAACGUGUCGUCUACCAUCAGCUUCACUCUGGACAGAAAUGACAAGAGCGCAGAGUUCAGAUGUGAAGCGAUAUUGGAUCUUGGAGCUGAAGGACCAAAGCCUCCUCCAAGCAUGAUGUCCAGUCCUCUGAACAUCACUGUCUACUAUAAGCCCAGCAUUAAUACCACAAAGCUUCCAAAGAGGAUCCCAGUGUUCAGAGGUUAUCCUGAAGAGCUUGUCUGUGAAGCCGAGGGUCACCCCCCUCCGGAGAUCAAGUGGCUCUACAGCGCAGACAAAGUGCCCCACGAGUCUGGAGACACACUCAUCGUGUAUGAAGCCGGCCGCUACACAUGCAACGCCACGAAUGAAGUGGAUUCCACCUCUCAUGAGGUGGAAGUGAUUUUAAAAGAGGACUACCUUCCGCUCAUAGCUGGAUUUGUGGCUGUCACAGUAGUUGCCAUCUCCAUCGUCUUCCUCUUCAUCUACUCAAUCUACUACAAGAACACCAAGAUGCGUCGCUACAGUCUUAAAAAUGCCAAACUUGACACUCAAAGUGGCAACGUAGCCCACUACGGAUGUGACAUGCAGUUUCCUAUGACUAAACUAUCUUAUCCUAAAAGUGCUUCUGGUUUGUACGACGGAGAAAUCAUGAAGUUGUUCCUCGUUUUAAGCGUCUUUAUAGCGUGUACAGGAAAGCCUGUGAGUUCCUCCUGUGAAAUUGAAUUCAGCCCUCCCAAAGUUGUGGUGAGAUUUGGAGACCCCUUCUCGCUCAUCUGCAGCUCAACAUCCAACCAGAUCGAUUCAAUGGGCUGGGAGGCUAUUUACGGAACAGGUACAGGACUACAGGAUGGGGUAUCUUCUGUUGCCUUAAAAAUAGACUCUGUGAAGGACUGGAAAAUGGAACCUCAGUGCUUCGUUAAUCUCGUAAAUGGUGAUCAGUGUUCAGAAACCCUAAACUUCACCGUUUACAAAAUGCCGGACAGUGCCUUCAUCUCUCAGCCAAGUCAAAUGGACCCCAUGGUCGAGGGUGAAAAGUAUCGCUUGCAGUGUGACAUUGUAGAUGUUGCACCAAUAAGACACCUCUUUGUGGACUGGCACAUAGGAAAUAGUAUAUUCCAUUCUGACAGUGACUCAUUUAUCGGUGACACUGAAUUUCCAGUCAAUGCUUCAUCUGUCUUAAAUCUGAUUGCUCAAAGAGGCUAUAACGGAGCUCAGGUCUGGUGUGAAGCAAAGAUGUUAUUUUCGCCACCGGUACAAAGCCUUCCCAAGAUCCAGUCCAAGCCUCAGAAACUAAUUGUACUGUACUCGCCAACCUUCACCAAGCCCGAAAAUGAGACGUUUGAACUCUUAGCUAGGAAUAAAAUAAUGUUGAAUUGCACUGCUACAGGAAACCCAAUGCCGGUAUACAGCUGGGGAUUCGCUCACCCAAUACAACAGACGAAGAAGAAUGACAGUCAGCUCAUUUUGACCCCAUCCAUUCGGCUUCCAGGGACCUACAACUGCACAGCGUCCAAUACCCAGGGCUCCAGCACCAAGUAUUUCACAGUCAUCGAAGCUCCAACAAAGUCGGCUAUCUCUAAGGACAGCUUGCCUCAUCAGGACCUGGGGCCCUUUUGUUCCAACAUAGUUCCCUGCAGAGUUGCCAAGCUUGUACAAGUUGGAAUUUUUCUCUCUCUCUCGUCCCUGAAUCGACGGCUCAGUGCACAAGAUAACAUGGGAAACACAUUUUUGAGAUGGAUUCUGACACUUUGCAUGAUUUACUCCGUGUCAGGUGAAGGUUGCUCCCUCGUCCUGAAGCCCUCCAGGGUGGUGGUGGGCUUUGGGGAGCCGGUGUCGGUCAGCUGUGAAGCUACUCGCCCGGUUCGGGUCCUGGGCUGGGAGUCUGUCAUCAGUGCUGCACACACUCAACAGGACCUGUCCGUCCAGUGGAAAGUAGACAGCCUCAUUGAUUGGAUAGAGGAGCCUAUCUGUUAUGGUGUGUUUUUCACAGCUCCCAGACAGUGUGAGGAAAAACUCAACCUUGUCCUCUACAAAACCCCAGAUAGUGUCUCCAUCAGGCCUGUGAACCACUCUGGCCCCAUGGUGGAGGGAAAAGAGUACCAGUUGCUCUGCGAGGUUCAAAACAUUGCUCCGGUUCAAUACCUCACCCUGAGGUGGUACAAGGGGCAGACUGAGGUAUACAACCACUCCUUCACUGAACUCACAUCAUCCUCACCUGUCCAAGUGUCCUCUAUCCUCAUGGUCACACCAACAAAAGCCGAGAAUGGAGCACAGUACAGGUGCGUAGCGGAGCUGGAGCUCGGACCAGAGGGACCACAGCCCCCCCCCACUGUGACCUCGGAGCCUCUCAAUGCCUCUGUGUACUUUCCUCCUACUUUCCUCGAUCCGGUACCAGCGGUCUUGGACCUUACAGUAGGUGCUGCAAUGACCUUAAACUGCACCGCCACAGGGAACCCUACGCCUGUGUACAGCUGGCAAUCCUCCAAUCCCAUUCCCGAGGGGAUGGGCGAUGAAGCAGCUCUUACCUCCUCCUCACUGCUGCCAGGGACCUACACCUGCACAGCCUCCAAUACACUGGAGAAGAAGAGCAAGCAGUUCAUCAUCAAGGCCAAGACCAAAGGUGUUUGAAACAGGAAAUCCUGAGAAGGGCUCAGAUGACAACAAUGGACAUACAAGGAGAAUCCAACAAUGGGGAUUUUACUGCUGCUGCUUUGGAGAUGGAAAUGACCUUCAUGACUCAACAGAUAUUUAUGAGGAUCUUGCUAUCAGGCAGGAUUAGAUCUCAAUUAAAAACAAUAUAUUUGAUAUACUUUGUUCGGUAACUGUUGUUUAAACUGUCAGUAUUUUAACAUGAAAGUGUUCGUGAGAUAGAUUGGUUAUUUAGGAUAUAGUUAUGCUUUCAAUGUGAUAUCCUUUCUCUAAUUUAUAUAUUUGCUAGAUCUAUUUUCGUAUUAAUGAAAUUAUCGUGUAAUUUUACCAAUGUGUAGCUACUCUUGAUAUAAAAAUGAUGACGACAUUAUUAUUAAUGUAUGCUGGAAAUUAAUUAGGGAACGUUAAAGAUCACCCGGCCAUUACUGUAAAUAUGAAUUGUUAAUUUUUCUUAUCUUUAUGAAUAAAAGUUAAAUGAAAA